AUGGAAUACACUGGCGGAGGCACCACUGCGGAACACCUUUGUGUCCUCGUACAUGGGCUAUGGGGAAACCCCAACCACAUGAGAAGUGUCGCCAAAGCCUUACGAGAAGAACAUUCGGCCGACAAGCUCUACCUGCUAGUUGCCAAGCGUAAUACGGGUAGCUUCACCUACGACGGCAUUGAGCGAGGUGGCGAGCGCGUCUGUCUCGAGAUCGAGGAGGAACUCGAAACGAUCAAGAAGAAGGGCGGCAAGAUCACGAAGCUCAGUCUCGUGGGAUACUCUUUGGGAGGGCUUGUUGCGCGUUAUGCAGUUGGUCUGCUUGGCGCCAAAGGAAUACUCGACGAGAUCGAGCCUGUCAAUUUUACCACAUUUGCGUCUCCCCAUUUAGGAGUCCGAACCCCACUACGAGGAUGGCACAAUAACGUGUGGAAUGUGCUGGGGGCUAGAACACUUUCAAUGUCUGGGAGACAGCUUUUUACGAUUGAUAACUUCCGGGACACUGGCAAACCGCUGCUCUCAAUCAUGGCCGAUCCCAGAUCCAUCUUCAUGGCAGGGCUCGCCAAGUUUAAGCGCAGAACGCUCUACGCCAAUGUGGUGAAUGACAGAAGCGCGGUCUAUUACACGACCGGCAUUGCCAAGACCGACCCUUAUACAGAUGUUAGCAAAAUCAAGGCCAACUACGUGCCGGGCUACGACGAUGUGAUUCUGGACCCUUCGCAUCCAGUAUCUCCUCUUACGCCCAAGAACGAGCCAGUGAGUCUCGUCUCCGUGAAAGAGACGGCUGUCAGCUAUCUCAAGAACACUCCUGUCAUUGUGUUCUUGGCUGUGUUCAUUCCUGUUGGAAUCAUUGGCUACUUGAUCAAUUCCGUCAUUCAGAAUUUCCGCAGCUCCAAGAGGAUCAAGCUGUAUGAAAGCGGCCAGGAGGGCAUCCAGCCCGAGAACUAUCGUGUGCCUGUCAUGAUCAAGGAAAUACGUGGGGCCGUCGAGGACGUCUACGAGAACUUGAAUAGCUCCCAGCAUCAGCAAUAUCUCGCGCCAUCCGAUUCGGAAGGAGAUGAUUCUGAUCUUGACGAUGGCGAAAGGCGGACUCUCAAACUUGAGCGCAGGCAGUCACAUCCCCAAUGGCCAACACUGGCGUUAGCACCAUGUCAGUUCGACAUGGUGCGGGCUCUUGACGAUCUCGGAUGGCGAAAGUAUCCGGUAUGGAUUCACAAAGUGCGUCACAGCCACGCGGCGAUCAUUGUGCGGUCGGAGAGGCCAGCGUUCUCCGAGGGCUACAUUGUUUUUAAGCAUUGGUUGAAAGAAGAGUUUCUGAUUUAA